AUGCUUCUCAAGCGAUUGGUAGAUUCCCUUCCUGCCGAAUUGGCAUUCCUCAUACCUGAAUUAGACUCGGCAGGAAUCAAAACCACAGAAUCGUUGAUUUUCUCCUCUCCAUCAGCAAUUCUAUCCCUCGCUCCUAUCCUAUCGAAUAUCCAGCUCGAAUACCUUAUUUCCACUUGCGUAAGAUUGACUGCUCCAGAUUGUAUAUCAGGAGAUACGUAUGAAGAGAUAGAAGGAAGUUGGAAGGGGUUUGGGAUUGUGAGUUUGGAUGAACUGUUUGAAAGGUGGGAUGGAGUAGGGGUAAUCGAAUUGGCUGGUCCGAGGAAAGUUGGGAAAUCACUACUUGCACUUCAUGCUUCGCUCAGGAUCCUCGCUUCGGAUGAAGAAGCGAUGUGUACGUGGGUAGAUACCGAGGGAUCGUUCUCGCCUGAAAGAGCAAAAAUGAUAUUGGAGGAAUGGCAUAUCGAUGAACCGAAUUUGAUUCUUGAGAGAAUAGUAGUGAUUAAUGCAUUCAAACUAGAAGAUGUGUUCGAAGCUAUCUCACAGCUGAAAUAUUCACUUGACAAUCCCGACGCGAGGGAGACGAAGGUUUUAGUGGUCGAUACGAUAUUCACCCAUUUCAAGGAUUUGUUAUCUGCUACUUCGGCACAAGGGCAUGCCGAUUUGAUCACUCUCAUGGAAGAGAUAGCUGAGAUUUCAUAUUCCCAGGGAAUGGUAUCAUUCAUUAUCAACUCCACUGCAUCUUCAUACCCUACGAAUCCCCAAUCAUCGUUCAACAAAAUGGAUAUAAAGCCUGCUCUCGGAGCUUCCUUUACUUUCACAACCGAUAUGACAUUACUCAUCCAGGAAACUGGAAGGGUAUUCGGCAUGAUCGACGCAGAAGAGAAGGAGAGGAUCAGGAGUAAACCUGGUUUGAGGGGUUUGGUGGAAGUCAUAAGAAGUAGAAUCGCUCGCACGGGAGCUUGGACGGUGUUCGAAACAGAUGGGAUAGGAAUGUUCGAUGUUACUCCGCCUCAUGAAGUCGACGAGCGAACGACACGUAUAUCAGCGGGCCUACCGACUGGACCUGACAGACCGAAGAUUGGUUCUUUGGCUCAAACUCUUAUCCCUUGA